UCGCGCUGCUUCCUGUGUGAGCCGUUGGACUCAGUCUGUCUGCGGCGGGGCUCCGGAAUGGACAGCGGCUUCGCAACUUUCUCCCGGAGAUUCGACCACUUUUCUGCCCCGCUCGACUCGGCUUUUGUGCCCCGGAGAUGGAUUUGUGAGCGGGAGAAGUCCGAACCGAGCCCGUCGCGACUUGAGUCGAGCGUUUAGAUUCUUUCUGCGUUGCCGGAGUUGUUGGAGGAAGUGGAAAAAUGCCAGUUGCAACUCUCCUGCCUUUCACCGCGACCCCGAGCAGGAAGUCCGCCAGCCCCACGUCCUUCAGGCUCACAGAGAAGUUCAUCCUGCUGCUCGUCUUCAGCGCCUUUAUAACUCUGUGUUUUGGGGCCAUUUUCUUCCUACCGGACUCGUCCAAGCUGCUUAGCGGAGUUUUCUUCCAUUCCUCCGCCGUGGAGACGAACACCCGCACCGGUCCGGACAGCAGCGACUCGGGUUCGGCUGGAAGCGACGACAAGGCCCUGGCAAAAAUCCGAAAAGACCACGAAAAAGCUCUGUUAGAGGCUAAGGAUACCCUCCAGAAACGGCCCGACGAAAUAAAGCAGGACAUCCUGGACGAAAAAGCCCAAGUUGCGAAUGAUGCGUUGGGUCCGGGCGGGAAGGAUGUAAAUAACCUGCCGUUCGUCCAGUACCACCGCCCCCCCGGAGCCACCGGACGGGAGCCUCUGGACCCCGAGAACAGGGACCGACGUGCUAAAGUCAAGGAGAUGAUGAAGCAUGCGUGGGACAGCUACAGGCGCUACGCCUGGGGUUCCAAUGAGCUCCGGCCCGUCUCCAAGCAAGGCCACUCCAGCAAUCUAUUUGGCAGUAUAAAAGGAGCAACGAUCGUGGAUGCUCUGGAUACUCUCUACAUCAUGGAAAUGUUUGAAGAGUUCGAUGCUGCUACCGACUGGGUGGAGAAGAACCUUGACUUUAAUGUGAAUGCAGAGAUUUCUGUGUUUGAGGUGAACAUCCGGUUUGUUGGAGGUCUGCUGUCGGCCUACUACCUGUCUGGGAAAGAGGUGUUCCGUCAGAAGGCGGUGGAGCUGGGUGAAAAGCUGCUGCCAGCCUUCAAGACCCCCACCGGCAUCCCCUGGGCUCUGCUCAACCUCAAGAGUGGCGUCGGGAGAAACUGGCCGUGGGCAUCGGGCGGCAGCAGCAUCCUGGCAGAGUACGGCACCCUGCACCUGGAGUUCAUGCACCUCAGCAAACUCUCCGGGAAUCCAGAGUUCGCUCAGAAGGUGAUGAACAUUAGGAAGGUCCUGAACCGCCUGGACAAGCCCCAGGGGCUGUACCCCAACUACCUGAACCCCAACAGUGGCCAGUGGGGCCAGCAUCACGUGUCUGUCGGCGGUUUGGGCGACAGCUUCUACGAGUACCUGCUCAAGGCCUGGCUGAUGUCUGACAGGAACGACGAGGAAGGCAAGAAGAUGUACUACGACUCCCUGCAGGCGAUCGAGACCAACCUGAUCCGGAAGUCGAGCAGCGGCCUGACCUACAUAGCGGAGUGGAAGGGGGGGCUGCUGGAGCACAAGAUGGGCCACCUGACGUGCUUCGCAGGCGGCAUGAUCGCCCUGGGCGCCGACGGAGCGGCCAGCGACAGGACGGGCCACCAGAUGGAGCUGGCGGCCGAGAUCGCCAGGACGUGUCACGAGUCGUACAGCAGGACCGCUCUGAAGCUGGGCCCAGAGGCGUUCCGCUUCGACGGCGGCGUGGAGGCCAUCGCCACCCGCCAGAACGAGAAGUACUUCAUCCUCCGCCCCGAGGUCAUCGAGACCUACAUGUACAUGUGGAGGUUCACCCACGACCCCAAGUACAGAGAGUGGGGCUGGGAGGCUGUGCAGGCUUUGGAGCAGCACUGUAAAGUAGAGGGAGGCUACAGCGGCAUCAGGGACGUCUACUCCUCCAGCCCGAACCACGACGACGUUCAGCAGAGCUUCUACUUGGCCGAGACGCUAAAGUAUCUGUACCUGCUCUUCUCCGACGACGACCACCUGCCGUUCGACCACUGGGUCUUCAACACGGAGGCUCAUCCCCUGCCGGUCAUCAAGAAGGACCGAACGGAGACACCCAACGAAGUGGAGUAGUCCCCCUACCACCCACCCACCCACGCCGGGGACGCCGGGCCUCGGCGCAUCACGUUUUAACGUUUCCUUUAAGAUGAAAUCCUCCGGAGCUUUCGAGUCGUUGUCCAUGUUCAUGUGGUCGAGCUGAGACGUGACUGCGGUCACUGCUGCAGUAGGUGGUGAAUGACUAGAAACCCACAAUGUGAUGAAGCAGCGUCUCCGCCUGCUCGGAUGUUACAGCGGGAGUGUGACGUCUGUGGCCAGUCUCACCUUGUUCACUAGUUUUUUUCUGUGUCACCAGUGGAACCAGUCGUCAGAGAACUGUGCUGUGACUCAACGACAUCUUAGCUUUUUUGUUUUGAGCGAGGCGGUGGAACGAACCUUCCCAGCACAAACCACCUCCUCCCGCCUGGUUUCCUCCUCCCUCCCCUGAGUUCGCUGUGAUGUGAAACGGACCGGACCACCGCUCGCCCCGUGGUUCCUCCACCGCGUAUCUCAGUCUUAGUUCCUCUGUGUUUGUCUGGCUCCUAAUUCCUUCACCAGUAUUUCUGCGGUUUGACCAAUAGAGGGUUUUUAAAGCUGGAGAUCAUAUCACUGCUCUUCGUCUUCAGUGAAAGAGAACUUUUACCUUCAUCAUUCAGUCUUCCUCUGUGGUUUGCGAUCAUUUAAUUUGACCAGGACAUGUUGUUGGGAGCGUGGGUGAAGCUCUGCUGCUGUACGUGCUUGCUUUGAGUAGUAAAUAUUAAACCUGAUUCAGCUGAUCUCUGACGGCCCUGCCGGUCCCUCUGGUCCUGGCGCCGGAGCGUAGGACAGGCCGUCGGACCUUCUCUCCUCUAUGAGGAGACGCAGAUUUCACCCCGACACACAACAAGCCAUACGCCGUCAACGCAGCUUUACCAUCCUGUCACUGACGCCACUACCUUCACCUCCACCGUCAUGGACCGUUCUGUCGUUUACCCUUGUUAACUCAUGUUUGUUGAGAGUUCAACACUGACCCGGUGAUUUAGUCCAAUUUAAGGCAAAGGUUCCUCCCAGCGCCACACAGAACUGUUUAGUCUUGGAUCUAGUGCCUUCACUGUUGAAGAGGAGUUAGAGGGAGAAGCAGCUGAGGUCUGAAAUAGUCCUGGAGCUUUAAGUAGGGUCCCGAAGCUCAGAUGAGGAUUGUACCAAAACCAGAAGGGAUGAAACAGAAAUCCUCCUUUUAUUGGGAUAUUUAAUGUACAGUGACUUUAGCUGGAGAGCAGCUCCAGAUUCAGUGGAUGCGUGUGUGAUCAGACCGUUAAAGACCCGAGGAUCACACGGCUUCUAAAUAAGAUCUCUAGCUUCUGUUUGAGCAUCAAGCAGAAGAACUGCACUGACAUCUAGUGGCGACUGAAGCCGGGCUCAGUGACAGCGGCUCAAAAUGAAUUCAUGUCUGCAAUGGAUUGAAAACUGCAGUUGCUCAAAUGACAGAAUGAGAGAAUGUAGAGGACGUGUGGGUGGAAGGAAGACCCAACCAAAUAAAGUCCGUCUGCAGCAAAGACCAAUAGAAAAAGCAUCUCAAAUGGUUUUAACUCUAGUUAAGCCUCUUUGCUUUAAGCGUCCACACAACCUGUAUAAAAUAUCUAUUUAAUUUCCUUCCUUUUCUUUUGGAAACCAAAACCAAAAAUGCUGACGUCUGCUCCCUGUGCUCCGUCAGACGUGACGUAUCUGUGAGGAAUCUGUGCAGGCGCCAGUGUUCGAUGCUCCCUGUAACUAGACUUUGCUUUAGGGGCAGCUCUUAUUUUAUCUACGCGACGAUGUGUUGUAAUUCUGUGUUAAUUUAUUCUGUAGUAGUGAAUGUGUGAUGUGGAGUGGGGAGCGUCCUCCAGGGGGCGCUGUGGGUCAGAGAAGACCCUGAACACAAGGCUUCACGCCUGCUGGAAUCAACACUCACCUGAUCAUUAACCCGGUUAGUGAUGGCAGGUGAGGGUUUUCAUCAGACAGAGGUCUCGAGGAUGAUUAGAACUCAAUGAAUGUACCAUCCAAUGUGAAGUCAAGAAUAUGUGUUAUGCUUUUUGUCUGUGUUUUUGAUUUCUUCUAUCCUUGAAAGCACAAAAAGACGGAUCUGAGAGUACAGCAGAGUAAAAGUGGUGAGUGAUGCUUGUUGGUCUGUUUACUGUCGCUCACCUCAUCUGUAACAUGGCAGAUGAUCUCAGAGGAGUCGCUGCGUCCACUAUACUGUAGUUCAUCCUCAAGGUGGCAGCUCUGAUAGGAAACACUGAGCGUCCAAGGGUGGUCCCACCGGGGCUUCAUUCACUGCAGUCCUGUUUUAUUAUCAGUGCAUCUUCAUGAUAUCUGUAAUUAAUGAUUUGAUCUUGUGUUGUCAAAUUUACGACUUUGGGCCCUAGUGAUACUAAACAUCCUUUUUGACUGAGGCCGACUGAUAUCUUUGUCGUAGCUGGUCAUGAAGCCAGUUCUGUGAAGGCCUCUGUGAUGAUGAGCUUAAUGUAACACCCCCAGUGGUUGAUGUAUUUAGUCUGCAGUCACGUGGUUUCCACCAGUAGAUUCUGAUUCAAGGGCUAAUCGUCUGAAUUACCCCCUAGUCGUCCGAGCCUCCGGCCCUUCGGUGUAGAACCCUCCUGGUAGUUUCCACUACCUGCACAGGCAGAGGAUCCAGAAUGUAUUUAGUCGUUCGUGUGAGCCACCAGUGUGACGUUGGCUUCCGCUUCGUGGUGUGACAUCAGACACCUGCUCGUUCUCCUUCGCAGACUUGAUUUUAUUUUCCUUUUUGUUUUAAAAAUGUUGAAUUGUUUUUGGUGACUUCCUGAAACUGUAUUGAUGAUCAUUCCAGUGCUUUUCUAUCGGUGAAUAUUAAGGGAGAAUGUCAGCUCAUAGACCUCACAGUUCAUUUACACACACCCUAAAGGCAUUUUAUGAUCUUCAAAUGUUCCUAAUGUCUCUUUUGGUUGAUUAAUUGAUUGACUAAGACUCUGCAGAAGUGAUCAGACCCCGGAUUUCCACAGAGCUGACGUUCUCCUUUUUUAAAUGUGUGAAACCAACCUCAGAAAUGUAUCUGUACAAAAUAUUGCUGAUAAUCAUUCCAUUGCACAUUGAUAGUUUACCUUGUGUUUAUAUGCAAUAUUUUAAUUUUGUGGGGGAAAUUGUUCUACUGUGUUAAUAUGAUUAUUAAAAAAAUGUAAAUAUUCAAUUUGGGCAAAUGAGCCGCUACAUUUAUAUAAAACUCUUCUGAGCUUAUGGAUUAAAAUAUUAAUGAGCAGCAGACUUUUUAAUAAACUAUAUUUGUUACACUUCUAUUGUGAAUAAAAGUCUUUUAAUAAG